UAUUGUCAGCCAGCGGCAACACUCGGCGGCUGGCUCCAAGCCACCAUGUAUACAAAAACAAGAAACGACGGUGAAAACGAAACGCGCAAUAACCAAAGGGAAGACAAACGCGCAGAAAGAGGAAUGAGAUGGGGGAGAAAGCAAUAUAAUAGUAGUUUCCAUUUGAGUUGAGAAUCAUGACUAGAGAACCAUAAAUAAGCGAGAAAAACGAAAAAUAUAAAAUUUCUAGUGCACUACAGUUUGAUGAAGAAAUACUGACAGCUACAGUUACAUUUGCAAAAUUAUUGAGUAAUAAGCGGCGACGAGACCGGACCGUACAAGGGAAGCGGCAGAGGCGCGUUUGUGGAAAGAGGCGGGACAAUAGUCGCUGGAAAGGUGCAAAAAGUUGAGCCACAGCCACAGGAAACCCACAUGCAGAGACGCUUAUCAUCAGGCGGUUAUUAUGAAAGGCAACCAUUAUAAGAUGUCUCGUAACAAAGACAAAUACGACAGCGCCAAUCGAAGGCAGCAGAUCUUUCUCUCCCAAGAGGACAUUGCCGCUGGCAAAAAGACAAACUGGAGCGGCCUCGAAAUAACUGGCUGCGUGCGGAACAUCAGCCCCUCGCUGUGGGAGUUCGAGCAUUUGACCGCCCUCUACCUGAACGACAACCAGCUGCUGCGACUCCCCGCCGACGUGGGCAUGCUGACCAGCCUCCGCACCCUGGAUCUCUCCAGCAAUAAGCUGCGAAGUCUGCCCGCCGAGCUGGGCGAGUUAAUACAGCUGAGGGAACUGCUGCUGAACAACAACUUUCUGCGCGUGCUGCCGUACGAGAUUGGCAAGCUCUUCCAUCUGGUCAUACUCGGCCUGAUGGGCAAUCCGCUGCAAAAGGAGUUUAUGAACAUCUACAACGAGCCGAAUGGCACGUCCAAACUGCUCACCUACAUGCUGGACAACUUGUCAUUUACUGUGAAUCCACCACCCCAGAGGCCAUGGCUGCCCCUGGCCAAGCCGAACAAAACUCGCCCAGCCUGCAUUUUUACGGUUAUGUGCUACAAUGUGCUCUGCGACAAAUAUGCGACACGGCAAAUGUACGGCUACUGCCCAUCGUGGGCCCUGUGCUGGGAAUAUCGGAAAAAGUCAAUCAUCGACGAGAUACGUCACUAUUCGGCGGAUAUCAUAAGCCUGCAGGAGAUCGAAACGGAGCAAUUCUAUCACUUCUUUCUGCCAGAGCUCAAGAAUGAUGGCUAUGAGGGCAUAUUCUCGCCCAAGUCGCGUGCCAAGACAAUGUCCGAGGUGGAGCGGAAGUAUGUCGAUGGAUGUGCAAUAUUCUUCAGGGCCUCAAAAUUCACCUUGAUCAAAGAGCACUUGAUCGAAUUUAAUCAGCUGGCGAUGGCCAAUGCCGAGGGAUCGGACAACAUGCUGAACCGUGUGAUGCCCAAGGACAACAUUGGUCUGGCUGCGCUGCUCAAGGUGAAGGAGAAUGCCUGGGAGCCGAUGUCCGAGGUGACACAGAUCUCACAGCCGCUGCUCGUCUGCACGGCGCAUAUCCACUGGGAUCCGGAAUUCUGCGAUGUUAAGCUCAUUCAGACGAUGAUGCUCAGCAACGAGCUGAAGACGAUAAUUGACGAGGCCUCGCACAGCUUCAGGCCGGGACACAAGAACGACUCGAACAGCGUUCAGCUGCUGCUCUGCGGCGACUUCAAUUCGCUACCCGAUUCCGGAGUGGUUGAGUAUCUGGGCAAGGGACGGGUCUCCAUGGACCAUCUGGACUUCAAGGACAUGGGCUACAAGUCGUGCCUGCAGCGCCUGCUCUCGAACGACACCAACGAGUUCACGCAUUCCUUCAAACUGGCCUCCGCCUACAGCGAAGACAUCAUGCCGCACACCAACUACACGUUCGAUUUCAAGGGCAUCAUCGACUACAUAUUCUAUACGAAGACGGGCAUGGUGCCGCUGGGUCUGCUCGGGCCCGUCUCAAAUGAUUGGCUGCGCGAGAACAAGGUGGUCGGCUGUCCCCAUCCGCAUAUACCCUCCGACCAUUUUCCGCUGCUUGUUGAACUGGAGCUGAUGCACACGGCCAGCCAGGCGCCUCCCAAUGGGCUGAUCAACCGACGGUAGCAAUAGAAUAGACGCGGCAGACCCACCACAA